AAUUCAAUUAUCUCUCACUGCACCCAUUUCGUCUUCCGCGCGCUUAGCUUAUAAUUAUCAGAUCCAGAGUUGCAUUGUCUCCGGUGAGGAGGGAAUUGGAGAAGCUAUGGGAGCUCUGAAAUUCAUGGCGUCUAAUAAGAGGAAGAGUUUCAAUGGUGCCGGGCCAACACAUCUUACUACUGUUGAUUGGAGCAACUCUAGUCACCGGAGCUCCGUCGCUGCGUGCUUGGUGGAAGGUGUGUACAGUCGCGAAGAAGAGCGCCAGCAAUGCUGCCACGGCGGUGACGGCGGCGAUGGUGCUCUUGCUUCUUCCGCCUGGUGGGAGUCCUUCGGCUUCCAGUUAAACCAGGUGCUGAUAGAUGAAAAAGAUAAGUCCAUCUUUGGCGCUGUAUACGAGCUGAAACUUUGGUCCCAGGCUCAGGCUCAGGUCGAGGCUGGGAAACCCCAAUCCCCAAAACUGGUAAUUGCAUUUCGGGGAACACUAAUAGAAAAGAAGAGCUGGUUACAGGAUAUUAGACUGGACCGCUAUAUCGUCCAAAACAAACUCCACAAGAGCCACCGCGUCCGUGACGGAUUGGAGGCCGUUCAGGCUGCGGUUUCCAAGGUCGGGGCCGAGAAUGUGUGGUUGGCCGGACAUUCCUUAGGAUCUUCAAUCGCAUUGCUGAUCGGGAGAAACAUGGUAAAAAUGGGUUACCAUUUGGAAACCUAUUUAAUUUGUUCAAUCCCCCGUUCGUGUCGCUGAUCUCAACGCUGUUAAUCAAGAGCGUCGCCCCGAAGCUCCAGGAAGGGAUUCGUUUGGCCCACGCAGGCGUCAAAGCCGCAAUGGCCGUGACGAUGAGUAUUGCAAACAAGAAGAAAAUUGUGGAAGACGAUGAAGAGUUCAAUCUACUGUUGCCAUGGAUUCCGCACUUGUUCAUCAACUCAUCGGAUCCCAUUUGCGCUAAAUACCUGGAACACUUCAAGCACACGGCCGCCGGAGAAAUUGGACGGCUUGCGGCAAAAAAUUCAGUACGGUGCAUGCUGGGGAAUGCGAUUGGGAAGGAUUGUAAGCCGUCACACCUCAUUCCUUCUGCUUAUCUCACCAUUAAUUCGAAUGGUUCGAAGAGGGAGGCGCACAAUCUCAGCCAGUGGUUGCACCCAGAUUUGAA